AAGGUUUUGGAGAGAGAGAGAGAGAGAAAGAGAGAGAGACCCGCCAUGGCAACUCGGAGGAGAGCUUCACCAAGCUCAACCACAGAACCAGCACGGCCAACUGAGAACACAAAGAAUACACCCAAAGAACCCACUUCGAAUGAGUCUCUAAUUGCACCACCCAAAUCAGGUGUAAUCCUCUUGCUUUCACUUUUCUUCUUACUCCCUUACUUUUACCUGAUCUUCCACCAUUACAAGAUCGAGCGAGAGUUCAAGAAUUCCAUUUUGAUUAAUGCGGCCCUUAGCCUUCUCGGGUACUUCAUCACCGUUAAGUUGAUCCCUGUGGCUUCGAGAUACGUUCUCAGGGCCAAUCUCUUUGGUCGUGAUAUCAAUAAGAAGGGUACUCCUCAAGGCGAUGUCAAAGUGCCAGAGUCGUUGGGUGUUGUUGUUGGAACUGUUUUCUUGGUCUUGGCAGUCGCAUUUCAGUAUUUUUUUACAGUAGAUUCAGAUUGGCUUGUUGAGUACAAUGCAGCAUUAGCGUCCAUUUGUUUUAUGUUGUUUCUUGGAUUUCUUGAUGAUGUCCUUGAUCUACCUUGGAGGGUGAAAUUAAUACUACCAUCAUUUGCUGCUCUUGUUCUGCUUAUGGCCUAUGCUGGACAUACAACUAUAAUUGUUCCAAAGCCUUUUAUUCCAUACUUUGGACAGGAGGUUUUGCAUCUAGGGUGGAUAUAUAAACUAUACAUGUUCCUUUUGGCGGUCUUUUGUACUAACUCUAUCAAUAUACAUGCCGGUAUAAAUGGUCUUGAAGUCGGGCAGACAGUUGUCAUCUCAUCUGCUGUUGUAAUUCAUAAUAUCAUGCAAAUUGGGGCAUCUGCAGAUAUCGAGUAUAAGCAGGCACAUGUAUUCUCUAUUUUCCUUGUUCAACCACUACUCGCCACCUCCUUGGCUUUGCUCUCUUACAACUGGUAUCCUUCUUCAGUUUUUGUUGGAGAUACAUACACAUACUUUGCUGGAAUGACUAUGGCUGUAGCUGGGAUUUUAGGCCAUUUCAGUGAGACGCUCCUAAUUUUCUUUCUUCCUCAAGUUUUGAACUUCCUCUUAUCACUUCCUCAGCUUGCUGGCUUUAUUCCAUGUCCACGACACCGUCUACCUCGGUACGAUCCUACAACAGGACAACUGACUGGUACCAAAGACGGGACACUGGUUAACGUCUUUCUGAGGAUUUUUGGCAGCAUGACAGAGAAGUCGCUCUGCAUUUAUCUUCUUGUUUUCCAGGCUCUUGCAUGCUGCUUUUGCUUCCUCCUGAGGUACCUUCUCGCCGGUUGGUACAAAUAAGAGAGCAAGAACAGAAACAAGUUUAUAUAUCUUCAAUUCAGGCAAGCAUUAGAAAGAAGCUUAAUGAGCUAAGAUCAUUGCUUAUUGAGUAUUUUCUUCUUUACACAAUUCUUGGUGUUGAAAGAGCAGCUUAAUGCCUGGAAAAUAGAAAUGAUUUCUUAUUGAGAGGUGGAGAUUAUUUUAGAAUUUCAGAAGAAAUAAAACAAUUGAGAUACAUUGAGUUACGUUUAGAAUUUCAUUUUGACUAUUGAAGUUAAGAAAAGUUGAUGAGUAUUUAACCAUUUUGGAAUCUAGAAUGUGUCAAAACUUGAAAUCUACCAUGUACUUUUUCUAAUGUAACAAUGUAGUUAUGAAAUGAUUAUAGAUGAUUUUGCUUGUA